CGUUUACCGAUGCUCCUGGCUACAGUAAAAGCAGUAUCUUGUGAUUGUGCCCAUUUAACGCCCGCUAACGAUGGAAAGCAUUAAAUUAUAUGCGUUAAAAGUGUCGUAUUUACUCCGGCAUUCCGCCUAUAAUUUAUAAGUUCGUCGUUUAGAAUGUAACGAAUAGGAAGAGGAAAAUGUUUGGGAGCAAAUUACGGUCGUGGAUGGAAGCCGUUAGGUCCAGGAAAAAGCAGCACCGGAAAGAAAAGCCGGGAAAGGGCAAUAUUUUAUUCGGGCACAAAAAUACUGUUAAAUGGGACACUAAUUGCCCUACUGUUUUUGAUGAAUAUAAGGAAAAUGAACGAGAAGUUAAGACGCAGUUAAUGAAAGAGAGCCAAUCUGGAGGAUCGGGUGUGUCGAAUUCUAGAUACUCUGCAAACAACUUGUCGUCUCCCGAAUCCGCUUACUCUACCGGGUACUCCACAGACGGCACUUCCCCGGGAGCACCGCCAGAAAAUCUGUUGAACACAUCGAAGUCUACAGAUAUAUGCCAUCCGCGCGUCGCCGUUUUGAAUCCCAUUCAGAAUUCGAACAAUCCAAGCAACAAAACCGCUCACAAUUCGUAUAUACCGGAUUCCGCUAAACUCGUACCAAAUCUUCUUAAAGAUCAUCGAACUCCCAUUUUCAAGAAACGAGAAUUGGAAGAACCGAAGUUUCCUGCACCUCCUCCUACUAGAAUCAACGAGAAACUCAUAGUAAACCUCAGUCCCGCUUUGGGAGUCACUUCACCGAGGCAAAGGAACAGAAUCAGGACGAAUCCAUGGCUCCCGGGAAGUACUCUGAGCCCGAGUCCUGUAAAACACGAUCUCAAGAAGGCUUCCCUUACCGUCAAGUCUGCUAAAGACAGCCCGAAACUUCGCCGAUUCCUCAGCCCUGCUCCAAGCAGACGAAGGUCGCUUUCAACAUCAUCGAGUUCUUCGUUGAGCGCCACGAGCAUCCAGCAGGAAGUGCCGAGACCGAAAUCAGUCAGCGACGAGGAUUGCACGCUGAACGAAAUGAUGGGUAAAUACGAUGAAAGUUACGUUUACGAGAAAGAAACGGACAUUUUGAGCGACAGCGAUCCCACCGAUUGCGAAACGGACAUAGACACAGGCCAAGAUGGCGGGGACGAAGACGAGCACUUCGACGGCGAUUUGGAUUUCAUAGAUAACGGUUCUUUCUUGGAAUUCGAGGCCAGGAACGAACUGAACACAGGACAUUGUUCUUACUACGCUUACGACAUGCAAAGGAAGAGGUCUUCCAGAAGGAGGACGCAGCGUAGGAGUAACAAAGUCAGCGAUAAGAAGCGGAAAUCCUGCUCGAGUAAAAAGAAACAUUCCAAGUUGAUUGAGAAAGAGAAACGCGCGAAUACGUAUGUAGAUGGUUCUAAAAGUGCCGGGGCUACUCCUGUUUCCGUCCGACGUGCCAAUUGUAAACCGAUAUCUAAAUUAGCACUAGAAGAUUGUUUAAGAAAACGGUCGAAUUCUGUAGGCCUUUAUCGUGAUCCAAUCACUACCUUAGACAAAAGGGAUAAAGAAGCCGAUUUGAAAUACAGGGAACUGAUCACAGAGGCCGAGCAAAUACUUAGGGCAAUGAAAAGCAACGGUCUGUCGCCGCGAAGGGUCCCCGGUCCUGCGAAUAAGAGAGUAGAACUCCUGCGGAUCACUGAAUGUGCCAAACCGGAGAUAUUCGCUAACAAAAACCUUCCAUCUAUGACAGAGGACAAAGUGAUGACGAACCCGUUUAUUUCAAAAAUUCCGUCCAAUAACGCUUACAAUUGUCCGCGCUUUAGCCCUAAAAAGAACCAUAUCACUAAAUUUAUCAUCAGCAACUCGCCGGUGCUGGCUAGAAAGGAAUGGGAGUUGCAGCAAGCGCCUGUUUACAAGACUCCUCUACCGAGCUGGAAGCAAAACGAGGAGGCCCACAACCGCAAGGAGAAGCAUUCGGAAGGGACUCGGAUGAGCCCUAAGCACAGGAGGAAGCUGAGCCGGCGUCACGUCGAUUCCAGCUCAGACUCCGACGAGGCGCCUCGAAGGUACAAUUUCACCACCGGCUGUCCCCAGAGCGAGCCUGUUCGCAGGAAGGUUUACUUCGCAAACGCCAAUCACAAGACCUUCUGCGGCAGGGGGGGCGCCGCGAACGCGGCUACCGAAGAGGCCGGGUUCCUCAAGGAAUGCACGAGCAGCAGCGAGAAUUUGAGGCAACAGGUCUUACUGAACACGAUCGUUAAUUUGAAGAAAAAUUUGGAGGAUCACUCGGCUUCGCUGAAGCAAGUCUACAGGAGUUCGCAUAACAUAUACUCGUAAAUUGGUUCGGGAUUUGGCAAUGUUUGAAAUUUUCCCGAAAAGAAGCCUAAAGAGAAAUGAAGCAUGGUACGCCUAUGAAAACUACAAGAAAAGGUUACUUACUUCAAACCCACAGGUUAUUUUUAACCGAGAAGUUUCAGGUUGCAUCCUCAUAUACUGUCUCUGUCUGUGUAUCUUGUCUGUCAAUCUUGUAAAAUAAUCCACCCUCGUUAAAUUAAACACUCUAAUAAAAUUAAACGAUUGUCCAGGGUAAUAAACUACGUGACUAGCUUUUUUGAGUUAUAUAUUGUCCAAAAUAUGGCAUUAUUUCUAGAAAUAAAAUUGGUCCUGAGUUUUUUUAUAGUCUUCCGCUAACGAUAAGAAAAUAUUCCGUAAAAUUAAUGACAAUAACGACCUUUACAGUUUUUAUUUCGGCCGAUUACAACCAAUCCAAUCGGAAUUUAUUAAGAAAUGUCAACUGAAAAAACGAAAAUCUGCGUUACGAUUAUUCUAUUUGGUUCGAAUUUCUGGUAACUCUACAGUUAUUCGAGUUGAACCCUGUAAAAGAAUUGUAUUAUACUGGCCUAUUUUUGAUGACGAAAAACUGUUAAUUGACAACAAGUGUCAAAAUAUUUUGUGAAAAUACAUCAGGACAGCACACUGAGCUUACUAAUUCAUGUUGUGAUCUACAUAGAUAUUUCAUUGUUAAAUUUUUACAUUGUUUACUCUGUAUGUACAAUAAACUGACA